GCAAAGCUCAUCUUGCCCUCAGAAGAGGCCAGCCUGCUACAGAGAUCCAGGAAUCUGCAACCAAACUGAUGACAGUCUGAAACACUCCCUUGCUGCCAGCCUCCAAAUUCUCAUCUGUCACUUCAGACCCGGACUAGUUGACAGAGCAGCAGAAUUUCAACUCCAAUAGACUAGAAUGUGUUUCUGAGCAGAGAAAGCAGAGCUAAACGAGAGAAGGGGUUGAAAGAGUUUCUCUUGGGUAUUUGUCAAACUUUUAUUUCCUGCUGGAAGCAAAGAGGGGAUUGAACUUCAACUUCAGUUUUCUACUAGAACUCUGGGUCCAGCCACCUAUCUGAAGGUCUAGAAAGCAUGAAGACUGUUCUGAUUUUCCUCUAUAUCUUGGGAACUACAGCUGCAAUCCCGACAACUGCAAGGUUUUUAUCUGACUAUUCCAAACCAACUGCUGAAAUAUUGGUGACUCCCGACAACACUGCAAUCCCCAUUGCCGAGGUUGAAGCUGCAGAGAAGGAAGCUGGAGCAGCCACAGAAAGCACUCCCAACCAUAAGGUAAAGGCUGAAAAAUCUUCAAUACAAAGAUCAGAAGAGGAAAACCCUGAUCAAUCUGUAGAACAGGACAAGACCGACAGCCAAGAGUUAGGGUUGAAGGACCAAGAGGACAGUGAUGGUGAUGUAAGUGUGAAUCUGGAAUACUCCCCAACUGAAGGGACCUUAGACUCGAAAGAAGAUUUGAGUGAGACUCCAAAGAAACACUUCCCAGAGAACACUGACUCCUCAGCUGCUGCUUUCAGUUCCAAUGUGGAAUCUCACCAAGAAAACACUGCAAAAGGAGAGGAAAAUGAAGAACAACCUAUAAAUGAGUUAUUUGAGUUGAACAAGAACAGUUCACAUAGCGAAGACCUAAUCGAUGAAGGAAACCAAGAGCAAAAUCCAAAUAUUCCCAAUGGAGAUGGAGAAGAAGGAGAAAAAGAGCCAGAGGAAGAUGGUGUCCUCAAUGAUGACCAAGAAAAUGAAAAAGAAGUUUCCAAUGAACAUUCUAACAGGAAGCAGGAGGAAGAUAAUGACCAACCUGAUGCUCUUUUGGAAGACUCCAAUCCACCAACACAAGCAAGUGAGAUGCAAGAUGAAUCAGAGCAGAGUCACCAAGAUCAAGGAGAGAACUCUAAUGCAGAGAUGGAUGAGGACCAUAUAUUGCACAGCAGUAAGCAAAGUGAAGAAGGAAAAACUGACCUUGAAAUUACUGACAACCAGGAGGACAUAGAUAUAAAAACUGCUCCCACAGAAUCGACUGAUGAUGGUGAUGUUCUGUCCAAAAGUCAUGGAGCUGAAAGUGAUCGAGAGAAUGAUGAUCCUAAGCAUGGUGAAAGUGAUGACUACUUGAUGCCGAGUGAAGACAGUUUAGAGGCUGAAAAAGGUCAACCCAUUUCAUCUUACCUCAAGCAUGAGCAGGAAAGAUCCCAGGAGGAUGAGAAUGUAGAUACCAGUGAGACUGGAGGCUACCAAGAGGUUAAGAAAGCUGAGAGCUCAUCACAUGACGAUGAACCGUCAAGUGAAGACAAUUCAAGGCUGCACAAUGCUGAUUCCUGCAUGAACUUCCAAUGUAAGAGAGGGCACAUUUGCAAGGCAGAGCCACAGGGAAAAGCACACUGUGUGUGCCAAGAUCCAGCGACUUGUCCCCCAGCAAAACUCCUUGACCAAGCUUGUGGCACUGACAACCAGACCUACGCAAGUUCUUGUCAUCUGUUUGCUACUAAAUGCAGACUUGAGGGGACCAAAAAGGGACACCAACUGCAGCUGGAUUAUUUUGGAGCCUGCAAAUCUAUUCCUGUUUGUACGGACUUUGAAGUGGCUCAGUUUCCCCUACGGAUGAGAGACUGGCUCAAGAAUAUUCUCGUGCAGCUUUAUGAACCAAAUCCUAAACAUGCGGGACAUCUAAAUGAGAAACAGAGAAGUAAAGUCAAGAAAAUUUACCUGGAUGAAAAGAGACUCUUGGCUGGGGACCAUCCCAUUGAACUUCUCCUAAGGGACUUCAAGAAGAACUACCACAUGUAUGUGUAUCCUGUACACUGGCAGUUUAAUGAGCUUGACCAGCAUCCCAAGGACAGAGUCUUGACCCAUUCCGAGCUGGCUCCUCUGCGAGCAUCGCUGGUGCCCCUGGAGCACUGUAUAACCCGCUUCUUUGAGGAGUGCGACCCCAACAAAGAUAAGCACAUCACCUUGAAGGAGUGGGGCCACUGCUUUGGAAUUAAAGAAGAAGACAUAGAUGAAAACCUCUUGUUCUGAAAUCAGAUUUGGAAGAACUCAAGCUUUCCAACAUCCUCCUCUUUUAAGCACGUCUGAAAUUCAUGCAGCUAGGAGAUUAGUAGAUUUAUAUUUAGCAAAAUAUUUGCAUGUAAGAGAAGACAAUGAGAGCAAUUGCUUGAUAAUGAAAUAUAUGCACUGAGCAUGCAAAUUACCUUAUGAAAUAAAACCAUAAAAUGAAGUUAAGUCAAUAUACAUAGAAGAAAUGCACACUAUUUUAGAAUAAGAGUUUGACUCACAGUAAUUUCACUUGCUACAUUAACUUUUAAGGUAAUUACUAAUUAUAAAACUUGAAAAACAUUAUGUGUUCAUAUUGUCCAUAACAUCACAUAUACUUCAAGAAAAUGGAACAUGGCAUUUUAUGAUUAACAUGUAUCACAUUGAAUAUCUUAAUAAUGUAAUAAAGAGUCUAUAAAAUUCCAAA